ACCAAUUGGUAGUGCUCUAAUCUUUUGUGGUGAUGCAAAGAAAAUCUAUUUUUGUGUGAAGUUUGAUGCAGGAAAAUUCCAAUGAAAACAAGACGUAGCUUUAUGGUUUGAUAUAUAUAUAUAUAACUUUAACCACCAAUUGCUAUCAAUUGAUCAUUCCAAUUAUUCAUCAUCAUCGUUCAAAUAUUCAUCCAUCCAUCUAAGCUGGCACAACCAUGGCGUUCCUUGAUACCAUUAGGGAAAGAGCUGUGUCUACUUUGAAUCAAGUCCUUGAUAGGAAACCAACUAAUGGCUUAUCGAAAGAUGAGAUAUUUUGUCGUGAUUACAAUUUACCUGAUAGUGAAAUCAUUGUUCAUGAGUCUUCAGCGGAAGUCUCUAUACUGUCAGAGAACAGUAAAGAAGCCUAUAGGAAUGAGUUGUUACCUCAGGGAAAGAUUUAUUUAACCGAUCACUUCCUUGUGUUCAGUGAUUCUUAUGAUAGAAAUAAUUGCUCCUUUACCCUUCAUCUCUCAUCGGUGAAGAAAGUUGAAAGAAGUCAGAAUUCAGAUUAUGCCUUUGCAUUAACCAUCACUACUUAUAGCAAGAUCUCCAUUACUAUUUACUUGGUGGGAAUAAGAUCUGAAAGUGAAAGAUUUGCUCAAACUUUAAAAAUCACCUUAAAAAGGAAUCUCGUCAAUAAUAAGAAAUUACAACCAUUUAUACAGACUUGUUAUUCGGAGUACUUAUUAGCGAAGAAUAAAGUAUCCAAUGAAAAGAUUGAACAUAUGCCUGCUGGUGGAUUAGGUUUGGUUUUUAAAUUUCCGGGCAAUCCUAAGGAACAAAGAGAUAAAUCUAAGAUGAAGUUAUGGUUUGAUCUUUUUAGAAUUGAUGGAAGAAACUUAUCAUUGAUUAAAACUCCUAUGUUCUAUAAAUUAAUACGAGUAGGGUUACCAAAUAGGUUAAGAGGUGAAAUCUGGGAAUUAUGUUGUGGAUCAAUUUAUCUCAGAUUUCAAAAUCAAAAUGAAUAUCAUAAAAUAUUAGAAGAUAAUAAGAAUAGAACCUCAUUUUCGAUAGAUGAAAUUGAAAAGGAUUUAAAUAGAUCAUUACCAGAGUAUGCCGCUUAUCAAACUCCCGAAGGUAUAUCCAGAUUAAGAAAUGUUUUGACCGCUUAUUCUUGGAAAAAUCCAGAAGUUGGUUAUUGUCAAGCUAUGAAUAUUGUUGUGGCAGCAUUAUUAAUCUAUAUGUCAGAAGAACAAGCUUUUUGGUCUUUGAAUUUACUUGUCGAUAAGAUUGUACCUGGAUACUAUUCAAAAACCAUGUAUGGAACUUUAUUAGAUCAAAAAGUGUUUGAAUCUUUGGUUCAAACUACUAUGCCAUUAUUAUGGGAUCAUAUUACUAAAAAUGAUAUACAGUUGUCUGUUGUCUCAUUACCUUGGUUUUUAUCAUUAUAUUUAAGUUCAAUGCCUUUAGUGUUUGCAUUCAGAAUUCUAGAUGUAUUUUUCCUUCAGGGCCCUAAAACCCUUUUCCAAGUUGCUUUGGCUGUCUUAAAGAUAAACGGUGAACAAUUAUUACAAACUGAAGAUGAUGGAUCUUUUAUUUCCAUCAUUAAAGACUACUUCCAAGAAUUAGAUCAAUCAGCUCAUCCAACUUCUCCAAAUCCAAAAUAUAAAUCAAUCACCAAAUUUCAAGAAUUAUUAGUUACAGCAUUUAAAGAGUUCUCCAAUAUUACUUCAGAAACCAUCGAAACUCAUAGAAGAAAACACAGAGAUGGUAUUUUCCAAAAUAUUUCUACAUUUGUUAAAAGAACUGAAUUAAGAAACUUGCCAAAGACUAAUAAUAUUGAUAAUGAAACAUUAAGUAUCAUUUAUGAUAGAUUCUAUUCCAUUGUUCAAUCUGAUGUCACAGUUGGAACUGGAUCUAAUUUCAUGGAUUUCAGAGCAUUCAGACUUUUCAUGGCUGAAACGUGUGAUUGGGUGCAGCCAAAUAUAAAGAAUGAUAAGCUGCAGGAUGUAUUUUUAAAUCAUUUGUUUGCUCAAUGGGAUAUAGAAGGUCAAAGAUCAUUAUCAUUAUCGAAUUUGAUAAUUGGAUUGAACAAGAUCAUAGAUCCUGAUUUAAUGACUUCAAUGUCAAACUUUUUCCAAUUAUAUGAUUAUAAAAAUACAGGUAGACUUGAUAGAGAAGGUAUUUUACAAGUAUCGGAAGAUUUAUUAAAUAUCACCAGUGCUUGGAAAGAUGGAGUUCUUUUGGAUUCGUUAACCGAAACAGCAAUUGAGAAUGCAGUGGCUGAUGAAGUAUACAAAGCACAAGCAUCGAAAGAAGAUGGAAAAGAUGAGGUUAUACAAUUGCCUAGUGAAGUUAACAUUGAUAAAGAAAAGUUUGCUGCUUUACAAAGUGAAAGAUAUUUACAAGCUGCUAGUGGAUUUAUCCAACGUGCUUUCGAAUAUGCUCAACCUGAAGAAGAAGAAAUUCUUAUUAAAGAUUUAGCCAUUGAUGAUUCAAUUGCUCAUAAUGCAGCUUUAAAUCCAAAUACGCCUGUAUUUGUUAACUUACCCACUUUCAGGAUGGUUGUUUUGGCUGAUGAAACUUAUGAAUUAUUCUUUAGUCAAACUUUCAGAACAUCAUUUCAUUUAGAUAAGCCAUUGAACUCAAAAUUCGAUACCAUGAGAAACUUAAGAGGUAUGUUUGAUGGAUUAUUGGCUGAUGGUCUUAAAGUGGCUCAUAAAGUACGUCAAAGAAUGGAUAGUGCCGCAAGUAGUGCUCUUAAUCCUAUUAUCAAUAGUGAUAACUCUUCUCUUAAAUCUACAAAUAGGCUUAGAGUUCAAGAUGAUUAUGAAGAAGAAAGAGAUGAUGAUUUGGGUGUUAUAUCAAUCGAUGAAGAUUUAUUACAAUCUUCUGAAUCUCAAGCAGUUGAAAAGGUGAAAAAGAAAACGGAAGCACAAACGGAAACCGAAAAAAAAUCUGGUGUCAAAUAUGAUCAACUGGGAGAUUCUAAUUUGAUUGAUUUUGACUUAUCUUAGGCGUUUAUAUGACUUUAUAAUUUAAAUUCUACAAUACUUAAAAAUAUGAUAUAAUGAUAU